UUGGAUUCAUUGGUUUGAGAUAACAGUUGCCACAUAUGUUGUUGUUUCUUCAUAGCUGUGGUCCUAUCCAAGUUGGUUGUUUUUACCGCACUAGAAACAUUUCACACACUAAAAAGGGAAAACUUCUAGUAGUGCCGCAAUGUUGGAAAGCAAGUGUGAAUAAGGACUUUAAAGAUGCACCCUUUAGUUCCAACUAUAUCAUAGAUGACAACUCUAUACCAGAAGGUCACAGGUCACUACACGAAACUCUUUACUCACGCGGAGAAGAAGAGCAUAAAACUCCAAGCAAGCAGCAAGUCAAGUUUCGGUCGGAUGGUUCCAAUUGGUUGCCUGUAGACCUGUUUCUUAAUGGAAUGGAAGACGAGAAAGUGGGUGCAGUUUACGCAGUUUAUGAUGCAAACCGUGAUAUUCGAUUCAUUGGAAUAUCUAGAGAUGUUUGUUUUGCUUUGAAAGCACACCGAGAAGCGCUUUCAGAUAGAGAUGUUGCGUGGCUAAGACUCAAGACUUGGGACUUUCCUCGGCGCGUGGAAAUGGAACAGUGUCAAAAAGAUUGGAUCGCAGAAUUGGGAUUCACGCCUCCAGGAAACAUAACAACUAAUGAAGAGUCUAAACUUUGGGCCAAAAGUAUAAAGGAAGCAACCCAGCUUGUUGCAAGUGACGUGGAACCCGAAAGAAAGUCUACUUAUGAGGAAAAGAAGUUCAAAUUGAGAAAGGCGAUGGCUGAUCCUUCUCUUAUAGAUGAAGAAUCUCGGGAAAUAUUUGAAAGAGAUCCCACUAUUCAUGCUAUUUCGGAAGGAGACUGGAGUAAAGUGAUCGAACAACAGAGCAACAAGGUUCUUCAGGACGCAGUGACCAGUCCUUUUGAGUCAGUCGAAGUUGUAGCGAACAAUAAUAGAGUUGACGAAAGAUCCAACUCAAAUACAGCUGAAAGUGGUAGUUUCCUGACCGUAGAGAAUGUGAAUCUUGUGUUGGAUGAGGUGAGACCUUAUUUGGAGUCGGAUGGAGGAAAUGUAAAAGUACUAUCAGUGGAUACCAAUCGUAAUGUUGUAUUAUUACUUCAAGGUGCUUGUGGUACUUGUCCAAGUUCAACGACCACUAUGAAGCUGGGUAUAGAACGGAUAUUGAGACAGCGGUUUCCCAAUAUUGGAGAAAUAGUAGCGCAGUCAGAAGUGGCUUCCGUGACCACUAUUCCAUUGGAAGAGCGUUGUGAGUCUUUACUGGAAGAAAUUAGACCUGCAAUCAUAGGCUUGGGAGGGUCCAUCUCGGUCAGUCGUGUAGAGAAUAAUCAAGUGUUUCUAUUAUACCAAGGACCUGAUAAGAUUAAAUAUGGAAUUGAAUUGGCUUUGAAGGAAAAACUCGGUUCCUCGGUUUCCAUUGUAUUUGAAUAAAAGGCCAUUUUUCAUGGAACAUUG